CUCUUAUCCCGUUCAUUUCUAUUCUCCAUAAUUUUCUCGUCCCAACGGCAGUUCCUCUGAGGAGUGGUCUGUCCUUUCGUUGUGUUCAUGAGACUGGGUUGGAGAGGAAGGAGACAGAUGUUCCAGGUUUGGAUGUCUUGUCUUGGAAGAACGACAUCAAGGGAAGGCGAUCUCUGCUGAAAGAACCGAGAGAUUCACACGAAUGGAGGCCCCAAAGCCACCCAAUUUCCCCAAUUCAUGGUCAGAACACUUCAAUGUGUGCUGCUCGAGCUUUUAGGUGGUGGGAGAAGAACACCUCAUCAAAUAUGACGGAGAUCGAAUCAACAAACCAACUGGUCCACUCAUUGCUGCAUGCUGAGGAUAAACUCGUAAUCGUCGACUUCUAUUCCCCAGGAUGUGGAGGUUGCAAAGCUCUGCAUCCCAAGAUAUGUCAACAAGCUGAGAUGAAUCCAAGUGUGAUGCUUCUGAGAGUCAAUUGCGAGGAGCACAAAGCCAUGUGCCGAAGUCUUCACAUCCAUGUUCUUCCCUUCUUCCGGUUCUACCGAGGCGCCCAAGGCCGCGUCUGUGCCUUCAGCUGCACUAACGCAACCAUCAGCAAGUUCAACAACGCACUCGCGAAGCAUGGGAUGGAUCGGUGCAGUCUCGGGCCUGCGAAAGGCUUGGAAGAAGGCGAGCUGCUGAGUUUAGCUUCGAAUCCAGACGCCCAUUUUGGUUAUCCAUGGCGAUCCUUGUCCUAGGACUUGGCUCUGUCGAUCCCUGAUGAAUCUUCAGUGGGGGAGGUCGAAGCUGCAGCAGCAACAGCUGCAUUGGCAUUGAGAGGAUCUCAAAUAUGUUAACAGGAUUGGUAUCGUUACAUUACAAACGCUCGAAGGAGACGUGUAAUUUCCAUGAAGAGUGUCCAUUUUUCACCUAUUAAUCAUUUUUUAUAUCUACAAAAAUCUGUAUUUCCUUUUUUCGUUUUUUUUGUGGAUCGAUCGGUUUCUUUGGUAGUAUUUCAUAGGUGAAUUGGUUUAAACCACCAUAAAUCUAUUAAAAAUAGUGUAAUUGAUAUA